UAUAAUUUCGGAAUAAUUUUUGGAUUUUUCCAAGAUGAAACUCUUAAUACGCUCUCUGGAUCAAAAGUCGUUUAAUGUGGAGAUGAACGUCUCGCAGAGUGUGUUAGCACUAAAGAAACAUUUGGCCGGUAUACCAGAAAUAUCGCUAUCUGCAGAGCAAUUGCAACUGAUUUAUGCCGGACGCAUUAUGGAGGAUACCCAGCCACUGAGUGAAUAUAAUAUUCAGGAUGGAAAAAUCAUAGUGAUGAUGGGUAAAAAUAAACCAGUUCAAGUCGAGACUCCAGUCAAAGAAGAAUUAGUGCCACCAACACCACCACUAACGGCACAAUCGAGCCAACAGGAACCACGGCGACCCUCUCAGGCACCCAAUGAGGAUCGUGUCCGGGAACUGGUUUCUAUGGGCUAUGAAGAGGAGGAAGUGCGGGCUGCCUUGCGAGCAAGCUUUAAUCAUCCAGAGCGUGCGAUUGAAUAUCUUAUUAAUGGACUACCUCCAUCCCAACCUUUACCAACGCCAUCGACAACUUCGUCUUCAUCUUUAUCGUCUCCAGACUGGGCUGAAUUAUUGUCUGAUCCCAGAUUUAUUCAAUUCAGGGAUGCGAUACGUGACCAUCCUGAAGCACUGGAGGGACUUUUGAGACGCAUAGGCGAAAGCGAUCCGGAGACGUUAGAGGCCAUACGGAAUGGCAUUCAGAAUGGCUUUGAGGAUGACGGCGGUUCUGAGAGUAUUCAGGUUUCUCUUACUCCGGAGGAGCUAGCUGCAGUGGAGCGUUUGAUUUCGCUUGGGUUUCAACGUGAGAUGGUUUUACAGGUUUAUCUGGCCUGUGAUAAGAAUGAGGAACUGGCGGCGGAUAUACUAUUUCGCGAAUCUGAAGAGGACGACCCAGAGUAGAUACAGAAACAUACAUUGCGGAUGGGGAGGAGAGUGAUUAAUUAUAUAUAUAGCAAAAUGUUGUAAGAAAACAUAACCUAACAUAAUGGGAUCAAUUGGCCCAGUUC